AUGUAUUCUCUCCUGUUUUUACCAGAAUGCCGCAACGUCUUGCAACGAAUCAACAAAAUUAAAAUUGGUAGCCACUUGUCUGAUCAUAAACGUAUUCAUACGGGUGAGAAGCCAUAUCAUUGUGAUAUCUGUGGUAAAUCAUUCUUUUGUAGUAGCAACUUGUCUAAACAUAAACGUAUUCAUACAGGAGAGAAGCCGUAUCACUGUAAUAUCUGUGGUAAAUCGUUUUCUGGAAAUUGCAAUUUAACUAGUCACAAGCGUAUUCAUACAGGAGAGAAGCCGUAUCACUGUAAUAUCUGUGGUAAAUCAUUCACUUUUAAAAGUCAGUUGACUAAUCAUGAGCCUGUUCAUACAGGAGUGAAACCAUAUCCUUGUGAUAUCUGUGGCAAAUCAUUCUCUGAAAAUGGCAGUUUAACAAUUCACAAGCGUGUUCAUACGGGUGAGAAACCAUAUCGUUGUGAUAACUGUGGUAAAUCAUUCCCUUCUAACAGUCACUUGGCUAAUCAUAAGCGUAUUCAUUCUGGAGAAAAACCAUAUCACUGUGAUAUAUGUGACAAAUCAUUCUCUCAGAGUAGUGGCUUAAGUAAUCACCAGCGCGUUCACUCUGGAGAGAAACCAUAUUAUUGUGAUAUCUGUGGUAACUCAUUUCCUUGUAAUAGAAACUUGUCUAAACAUAGACGUAUUCAUACAGGAGAGAAGCCAUAUCACUGUGAUAUCUGUGGUAAAUCGUUUUCUGAAAAUAGCAAUUUAACUGUUCACAAGCGUACACAUACAGGAGAGACACCAUAUCAUUGUAAUAUCUGUGGUAAAUCUUUCACUACUAAAAGUCACCUGACUAGACACAAACGCAUUCAUACAGGAGUGAAACCAUAUCCUUGUGAUAUCUGUGGCAAAUCAUUCUCUCAAAGUUGCAAAUUAACUGUUCACAAGCGUAUUCAUACAGGAGAGAAACCAUAUCAGUGUAAUAUCUGUGGCAAAUCAUUCUCUGAAGGAGGUGUCUUAACUAGACAUCAGCCUGUUCAUACAGGGGAGAGACCAUAUCAGUGUGAUAUCUGUGGUAAAUCAUUCUCACGGAAAUCCCACUUAAGUAGACAUAAGAGUAUACACACACAAGUGUGACUGUAUAAGUAUUAAAAUUUAUUACAACAUGCCUAAAAUUACUUCUAGUUUUUCUGAAAAGAGACAGGGAUUUUUUUUUAUCUCUUCAAAUUUCAUGGUAUCAACUUCAGUUUCAUCAAUGUCAACAUCAAAUUCAGCAAAGACUUUGAUUUCUGAAGAUGGUCAUGCUGGAUUUAUGAGGAAUUUGUUAUGAGAGAAUAAAGGAAUGGGAAUAAUGAAUAAAAGGGUAAACUGAAAUUGGUUUUGUCUAUGUACUUUCAUCAAUGUUUACGUUAUCAUUAUCAUCAUCCUUUAGCGAUAAUUUUAUCUAUACGCUGGCAUAAGCUGUGACAUGAGGUGGCAAGCCAUAGUUCUGCACUAGGUUCCGGUCCGAUUUGUUUGGGUUUCUCUGGAUGUAUUCUCCUAAUGCUAACCAGUUUACAGUUUAUGCUGUGUGCUUUAUAUAUACACUUUUGCUUUUUUUAUUCAUUUGACUGCGGCCAUGCUGGAGCACCGCCUUUAAUCGAGCAACUCGACCCUGGGACCUAUUCUU